AUGUCACAAAGCAGCACACUGCAUUGGCUCACUAGAUUAGACAUUGCAAUUGAUGCUGCAAAUGCAUUGAGCUAUCUUCAUUAUCAUGGCAUCGUCCAUCGCAAUGUAAAAUCCCACAAUAUUCUGCUAGACAAGAACCUUUGUGCUAAACUUGGUGGCUUACAUUUGUCAAGGAAACUUCCAGAAGGAGUUUCAAUCGAUGAUACCUAUGUUACAAGUGAUUUAGUAGGGACACGUGGUUACAUAGACCCAGAAUAUGUAUCAUAUGGCAGGGUUGGUGCCACAGUUGAUGUUUACAGCUUUGGAGUGGUUUUGUGUGAGCUUAUAUCAUCAAACUCGCUAAGUAUUGGAAAGGUUGCGAGGAAGAGAGUAUUGCUACAAUUUUAA